AAAAAUGAUGAAGAGGAAAAAAAGAAAAAAGAAAAAAGAAAAACAAAUAAGGGUUAGGGCAGCCGCUGAGAGAGAGAAUGAGAGCCGAGAGAGGGAGAAGGAGACGUUGUGUCAGAGCUGGUGGGUGCACUUUCAAUGCAGCUGCGUUUCCACCUCCCUCUCCCAAAUUCGAAAUGGAUAGCCGUUGCCUGUAACAAAAAGUUACAGGCAUCCAAACGGCCCCUAAAGCUUCGAAGCUUUUCUCUUUUCUUCUCUCUCUGCAAAUGAUAUCUGUUUGAUGAGUAGUCUGAUAUCUCUCUACCGCAUAUCAGUCAAAUGCCGCAGCGAUUUCUACCUUCGAAGCCCUUUCCAUUUCACAUUCCUCAGACAAUUCAAGACUAAACCAUUCAAGAUUUCGACCACACGCAUCCCAUCCAAGGUCUGCAGAUUAUUACCAUUUGUGGCUGUUCAAAUUAUUUCUGCAGCUGCAUAUUGCAAGUGCCGGACAGUAGUGACGCAGGGCUCAGCUGAUGAACAAGAGGUGCCAGAUGAGACCUUGAAACAAAUUCUUGUGGCGGCAGAACACGAUCCCUUCUCCAUUAAGAGAACUUGUAGCAUUUACAUUGAGAAACUCUGCCAAUCCGGCAAUCUAUCAGAUCUUUCUGACUUACUGAAGGGUCUGCGUGAUAAACAGAUAUUCCUAAGCUUUAAGACGUACAAAACUAUUCUCGUGGCAGCAGCCGAAGCAAACAAGUUUGAACUUUCGUGUUGGGUCUUUAAGGAUCUAUUACUGACUAGCAAAUCCCAAGAUUCAUCUUCUUUUAUCAAUUUUGCAAAGGCAUUUCAGAAGACGACCGAUCUGGACCUUCUACUCAAAUUCAUCAGAGAAGUGUCAGAACUCACAUUUCCAAGAAGUGCAACUGUCAUUAACAGGAUCAUCGUUGGCUUUGCUGAAUCUGGGCAGUCUGAAAAAGCCCUCCUGAUUUUUGAGGAAAUGAAGAAUCUGAAAUGUAAGCCAGACACUGUUACAUGGAAUAUAGUUUUAGCGGUUAAGGGUAAGGCAGGCCGGGCAGAUCAGUUGCUCAGUGUAUUUUCUUCCAUGAAAGAAUCUGACCAUGUUCCCGACAUAGUGACUUACAAUACCUUAAUCAACAGUUUUAGGAAAAUGGGCAGAUUGGAUUUGUGCUCAAACUUCGCACAUGAAAUGGUUGAGAGGGGGAUCGGGCCAGAUUUGCGAACCUAUACUGCAUUGAUUGACGGGUUUGGUCGGUUGGGGAAUGUUGAUGAAGCGUUGAGACUGUUUGAUGAGAUGAGGAGAAGGCGGGUCCGUCCUUCCAUUUAUGUGUACCGGUCAUUAAUUAGUAAUCUGAAGAAGGUUGGGAAGUUGGAGUUAGCUUUGAGUUUAUCAGAAGAGAUGAAUUCCCUUGCAUCAAAACUUGUGGGUCCGGAAGAUUUUAGACGAAGAGACAGGUAAUUGGCAACUGUAAGAGGUUAGAAGUCUUGUUUGGAAUAGGGAAUGAGGGGUUUGUUGCUCUUACUUUCAGUAUGUAAUUUCUUUUACUCAUAUUUUAGGCAUUCAAUGAAAUCUUACCCUUUCUUUUGCUAACAUUACAUGCUCAUUAACAGAUUGCUUUUAUGUAACCUUCGCUUGUCAUGUUACCAAUAUUAGCAUUGCAUUGAUUUUUCAGUGAA